AUGAACUCUCUGUGGCCAUCGCGGCCUGCCAACGAUGGCGCCGCCGCCGAAAACGAACCUCCACCGACUGGCGAUGUUACAGAUGCCAUGGUAGCGGAUGCUGUUGUCGCAGACGUUGGUCCCGAUGCAAGCAAUCCACCUCCUCCUCCUCCUCCUCCACGACCGUCCUUGCAGAGAAACUCGUCUGCACCGUCUCCAGCUCCGGCCCCAGUUCCGAUACCCCCGGCCCCAAUGCCUCCUGCGCCCGAACCCCAGCAGCCUACCGACUCACUGUCGUUAUUGCAGCUUCGUAAAAUCGUUGCCGAGUUCAGUCGUGGCGAGCCUGUCGCCUACGAUUUCGUCUACAAUGACAUGGGUGUCCACGACGAGGAGGUUGACGAAUGGUUUGUUUAUCAGUUUUGGCAAUGGGUGCGAUUGAACGCUGCUCAGCGAGCUUUCGAAUGGCAGUGGCAGCACGAUUACGACAUACAGACAACUUGGGAAGAGACGGACCACCAGACAAAGGCCAAGUUCACGCUAGAUGCCCUAGAUGGUCUUCAAGUCAAGGACCCGACACAACGUUCUGCGCAUAUUGGCAAAGUUCUGUACCUAGUGCUAGGUCGAUGGGGCGAUACGUCGACGCCUGACACUGUAGGUGACAGGAGGUCGGCUGCCAGUGCGACACAAUUGGAGGCUAUCAGAUCAAGCAUCAGCUUCUUAACCUCUUUGGACGGCAUUAACACUGUUUGGUCGGCUCUGCAAAGUUGCUUUGAUGUAUUUUGGUCGGAUGAUGCUCGUCUCGUCCAGCCCGGCGGCGCCCAAGAGGCCCAGGAUGAGCUUAUUAAUCUUAUGACCAUCAUGUAUGUCAUUAUUCAGGAGGCACUGAGCUUCCCCAAUGAGCUAGAGGCUACAAGAUCCGAGCUUCUUUCUCUCAAACCUGGACUGGUUGAUUUUAUGUCACUCGCAACCUCGAAGCUGCGUUGGGACGAUGGGAACUUGAUGCCAUCCAGCCAGACUACCAUGUGUUCCGGCAAGAGCUUACAUCCAAGUAUCCGGUCGCCUCUAGACUACCAUGUGUUCCGGCAAGAGCUUACAUCCAAGUAUCCGGCCUAUGUCCCUCCGCGGACGCUCAUUCCUCUAGAACCUGAGAACACGACCCUUCUUCCACCCAUUCCAAAUCAGCCCACGAGGACAAGCGCAGCCAAUGGGAUUUUCCCCGGGCCGCCCACCUCACAAAGCGGCGGCGCUUCCAUCUUGCAUCAACCCGUGCACAUUGCGACACCGGCUCCAUCACCGCCGCCGUCUCCUGGUGUUGGGGGCAAGGGCGGCAAAAAGCAAAACUACCAGACGAACCAGAACUUCCCCUUCAUGUACCCGCCUCUAGAUGCCACAAGCAACAGCGCUGGUGGUAAAGGUGGGGCUGGCUUGCAGGAACAGCUUGUUGGUCGCAGGUGGGAGGGCAGUGAUAUUCCUGCGUCCAUCUUGGAGGCGGGCGAAUUAUUUGCCAAGAGGGUUCGCAUGACCCGUGCUACACGGCAGCUGUGGGAAGAGCGCGAAAGCUUCCUCAGAUUCGAGAGAGGAUGGGAAGCAGAUGGCGACGACAGUGAUGUUGAUAACCUCGACCUUGAGGGGCUGACCCUUGAAGAGAAGCAGGAGAUUGCUGCGUUCAAGGCAGAGACCAAAGCUGAGGAACGUAGAGAAGCGCAACUUUCGAUGCGGGAGCCCGAAAUCGACUGCGGCCCUUCGGCUGAUAAAGUCAACGUUGAGAUCAAGCGACGUCUGCUUGCUGUCGAAAGCUUCUACAAAGAAUCUCUCCCUCAUCUGCAGUCGCUUGUAAUCGUCCUUCUGAGGCCGAUACUAAUGAACGUCACCGCUGUGUUGUCGCAACCUCCGCAAGGCCAACAACACCCAAGCAUGGCCGGCAGAGGUGCCAAUGGCGGUAUGAAUGGCGGCGCUGGACCUAACAGACAACAGCAGCCCCAAGAUCCCUCUUCAGCGGGAGGUGGCCCUCCAGAGCUCCCUGAGAUGUCACCGGAGGAGGUCGAUGCCGCGCGAUCCCGGGAAAUCACUACAAAGGCCAUUACCGGUAUUCUCCUGCUUCUAUUGAAGUGGCUCAGAGUCUCUCACAUCUUGAAAUCCGAGUACAUGACGCAACUUUUGCUGGAUUCUAACUACCUCCCGCUGGUGCUCAAGUUAUUCGCCCAUCAGGAUGUUCAACAGGUUGUCGACAGCAAAACGGACCGGCUAGAGAACAGCUUCUUCCACUUCUGCAAUCUGCGGUCGAAAUUCAAGGAGAAGUCGCCUGUACAAGCAGAGCCGGACGAGGAGGAGAGCGAGGACGAAGCGGCGCCACCACCUAUCAAGAGAAGGCGAUCACCGCCUCGCGUCGCGACUGCCGCUACCCGCGAUGGCGACGACACCAGCAAGCUUGAAGGACAAGCUGCGGUGCGACCUGAAGUUGAUGAGCUCGGAUAUCCUGUCGGCGACCUGCCAGCAGAGCCCAUCACUGAUUUUUCGAGAAGAAACUUCUUCUCCUUAAUCAACUACCUGCGAAUCAUGCAAAAGAUUUGCAAGCACAAAGCUCACCGGAACCUUCUCCUGGUGCAGUACAAAUCUGCCAACAUCCUCCGCAAAUCCCUCAAGAUCCCCCAGCCAGAACUCCGACUAUACACCUUGAAGCUGUUCAAGAACCAAGUACCCUACUGCGGCCGUAAGUGGCGGCAGAGCAACAUGCGCGUCAUCACGGCGGUGUACUUACACUGCCGACCUGAACUGCGUGACGAGUGGUUAGCUGGCAGCGACGUUGAUGCCGAGGUGGACUCGGCGCUGCCAUUGGAGCAAGCAUUGCGCAGUCUGACGCACUGGUUCAAUGUGCGGCGAUACCCAGACAAGAUUGCGGCCGAGCUACGGGCGGCCCUGCGCGAGGAGCAAGACUUUUUCACAAGGGAGCUGGAGAAGCUGGACAUGAAUUGGGCUGAUGUCGGGGCCGACGAUGGCGCAAAUAUGUCUGGAAUAGGUUAUUAA